AUGCAGGGAAGCAUGCCAUCCUCCUCCGAAGACGUCACAACCUUGUGCUACCGUGUCACAGGUAAGGUCCAGGGGGUCUUCUUUAGAAAGUAUACCAAGAAGGAGGCCGACGCGCUCUCCCUUGUGGGAUACGUCACGAACAAUGAAGACGGAAGUGUCUCUGGCGUAGUGCAAGGCCCUAAAGAGCAGGUAGACGCAUUUGUUAAGUAUUUACAUAAAGGAAGCCCGAAAUCCGUCGUCAAGAAGGUGAGCAUACACGCUUCUUCCCGUGUAGAUGCAGAUGGGUUUGAGAUACGGCGCUGA